UGUUGGGCGAGCCAUUGAGAGGAGGACAAAGGAUCCUGUCUUCUCUCUUUCUCUUUCUCUCUCAGUCUGUGGACAAUCCUCGGGUUUUGAUUGGUAUUAGUACAGUCAGAGUGGCUCUGUACUACUUAUAGUAACAGCCCCCGGACUGCCUUUGGAAGCAGUGGUGUUACACUGCAGAUCCUGUUUAUUGAUUAUUAUUAUUAGUAUUUAAUGGAAAACGGUGAGGUAUCAACCUACGCUGAGGCCUUCCCUCCUCUAGGGGGAGGGGGCGCGGCCAUUAAACCAACCGCUGGACCAGUUGGCCACUCUCACUCCUCUAAGCCUGCAGGAGGGAAAGGACCCACUAGCUCAUGGGGACCACCAGGUGGAGCUCCAAUGAAAUCAAUACCUACUUCGACUGUGACUCAAAUUAUUAGUGUCCCAGUUGAGGAAAGGCGUUAUAAAUCAUCUGAUCCUAGUUUUGGCGGGGGUGACAGUCAGCAGGCAGCUGUGGUUCGUGAUAUCAUGUCAAAGACCGGUUGUACCAUUGAGAUGAAUCAGGCUAAGGACAUGAGCCUCUCUAUCAUGAUAACUGGACGUCCUUCAUCAGUGAAGGAGGCCCACAGGCUCAUAAUGAGUGAACUCCAUACAAAGUACAAUGUUGAGCUCCGGGUUCCUAAGCAACACCACGGUAUGCUACUGGGUAAACAAGCCUCUAACAUCAAGCAGCUGGAGCAAAGUACCAACACUAAGAUCAGUGUCCCCAGACAAGAGGACUCCUCUGAAACCGUCCGUAUCACAGGGAACAAGGAGGGGGUGGAGGUUGCUAGGCAACGACUGAUGAGUUUCACUGAAGACCUGUCCAAGCAAGGUAAAGAGAUCCUUACGAUAGAGUCGGAGUUCCACCCGUUCAUCUGUGGGCCAAACAACUCUCACCUCUCCUCCAUACAAGAGGCUACUGGGGUGAGGGUCAACGUCCCUCCCUUCUCCUCUGGGAAGAGUGACAUCAACAUAUCAGGAGAGAAGGAGGGUGUGGCACAGGCAGCAGCUAGUGUGAAGCAGUUGUAUCAAGCAGCAAAGAGGAACUAUACUACAGUCUCAGUUGAGGUUCGUAAGACCCAACACAGAUAUGUGAUUGGACCCAAGGGACAAGGAGUGCAAGAAAUACUGGAAAAAACUGGAGUCUAUGUUGAUGUUCCAAUGUUAGGAUCAGAAGACGCUACCAUUACCUUGAGAGGACCACAGCACAAGAUGGGAGAGGCUCUCACUCUAGUCUACAGCAAGGCUAACAGCAUAGUUAAUGAAGAGGUCUCCGCCCCCUCCUGGCUCCACCGGUUCAUCAUCGGCCGAGGAGGAGAGAACAUCAAGAACAUAACCCAGGACCUUCAUGUCACCGUCAACUUCCCUAAAGAAGGAGACAUUAUUGUGAUAGAAGGACCACCGGAUGAAGUGCAGUCUGCCAAAGAAUCAUUGGAGAACUUUACUGAAGGACUGAUGGCCACUAUGGAGUUUGUUGAGGUUCAUAUAGACCAGAAGUAUCACCCACACAUUAUUGGGAAGAAAGGAGCUAAUGUAAAUAAGAUUAAAGUUGAGACCUGUACUUCUAUUACGAUCCCGUCUGAUAAGCAGAAGAGUGAUGUCAUUAGGAUAGAGGGUGAUCCCCAGGGGGUGGCCGCCGCUAAGAAAAUGAUACUGGAAAUGGCAACUAAACUGGCCAAUGAGUUGACAGUAUCAGUGGAUAUUGACCAGAAGUGGCAUAAGCUGGUGAUUGGAGCCAACGGAGAGAACAUGAGGGAACUGAGGGACAGGUUCCCUGGGGUACAUGUAGCCUUCCCUGAGCAAGGACUCCGGAGCAACAAGGUAACACUGAGGGGACCAACUGAUGAAGUUAAUAACUGUGCUGCCUACCUGGGGAAGAAGGCAAAGGAUAUUGCUGAUUCUAAUUACAAGUCGGAGGUGAAGAUAUUUAAGAAGUUCCACGGGUCCAUCAUUGGGCGGGGAGGGGCUACACUCAAGAGGAUAAGGGAAGAAACCAACACUAAGAUAGACAUGCCAAAGGAAGGUAGUGAUUCUGAUGUGAUACUAAUCACUGGAAGGAAGGAGAAUGUGGAGAAAGCUAAGAGACAGUUACAAGAUAUUGAGAAACAAAUGGCACUAGUGGUUGAUGUUACUAUCAAGAUUCCUCAUAAACAGCACAAUGCUAUCAUAGGGCCUCGUGGUAAACUGAUCCGAUCAAUAAUGGAGGAGUGUGGAGGGAUCAGGAUACAGUUUCCUUCAUCUGACAGCACUAGUGAUGAGGUCCAGCUUCAUGGUCCUAAGGAAGACGUCAAUAAAGCAAAGGCUAUGCUGCUGGAGAUGGCAGCCCAACACGCCAUUGAGAACUACACUGAGGAACUGACCUGCUCCCACGAGUAUCACAAGUUCCUCAUUGGGAAGGGGGGCUCCAAGAUUCGUAAAAUACGGUCCCAGUUUAGCGCAAGGGUCCUGUUCCCCCAGAAGGGGUCCGGUGAUGACUCCAGUAUUGUUACUAUCAUUGGAACCAAAGAGAAUGUGACUGCAGUCAAGGAACACCUCAGCAAACUGAUUAAAGACUUGGAUAAUGUUACUGAAGAUGAGGUGAUGGUAGACAGUAAGUAUCACCGUCACUUUGUACAGCGAAGGGGACAAUUGAUUCAUGAGAUAUCAGAUGAGAACGGAGGCGUUAUGAUCACUUUUCCUCGUGCUGGUACAUCAUCUGAUAAAGUCACAAUUAAAGGUGCUAAACAGUGUGUUGAAGGAGCUAAACAAGCAAUUGCUGAAGUCAUUGAAGAGUUGGAGGCCCAGGUCACUGUAGAGUGUUCUAUUCCUCAUAAGAAGCAUAGGAGUAUCCUCGGGCCUAAGGGAUCCAACGUCCAGGCCGUCACUCAGGAAUAUAACGUGACCAUCAAGUUCCCUGAUAAACAACAACAACAACACCAACAACAAGAUGGAGAUAAAGAUGAUGAAGGAGGCAUGGCCAGUGAUUCUGAUCCUCGUGAUAUUAUUCUUAUCUCUGGACGUCAGGAAAACUGUGACAACGCUAAGAAAGCACUACUGGAUCUCAUUCCAGUUACUAUAUACAUCAGCGUACCGAUUGAAUACCACCGGUACAUUGUGGGUACCAGGGGGCAGGACAUACGGUCACUGGCUGAUAAGUAUCACGUUCAAGUUGAAGUCCCUCGUCCUGAACUGCAGGAUGACAGGAUAUCAAUUUAUGGUACAGCACAGAACUGUGAGGAGGCAAAACAUGUCCUUGAGAACAGGGUCCUUGAACUGGAGGCAGAGAAGGAGGAGCGGGAGUUGCGUAGUUAUACUGAAGUUAUUAAAGUGGCCCAGAAGCAUCACCCUAACAUUAUUGGGCGAAGAGGAGCGACCAUUAACAAGAUCAGAGAUGAUAAUGGAGUCCGCAUUCAAAUGCCAGAGAAGGAUCAUGCCAAGUCUGAUGAGAUUACAAUCAUAGGUUACGAGCAUCAGGUCCAUUCUGCCAAAGAAGCCAUACUGAGGAUUGUCAGGGAACUGGAGGAGCAGAUCACUGAUGAAUUGGAUAUAGACCACAGAGUCCACAGUAGAUUGAUUGGAGCUAAGGGAAAAGCUGUUGCUAAAGUUAUGGAGAAUUUCAAUGUCACGAUUCGAUUUCCUAAAGACAAGACUGGGUCUGUUGUCACGGUAACUGGUCUUGAGGAGAAUGUUGAAGAUGCCAAAGAACAUUUACUGCUCUUAGCUGAGGAAUACAUGCAGGAUGUCAUUGAGAAGCAGGAGGAACAGGAUCUCUUGAACCAAUACACCAGACGUACUGCAAAACCGCUUGAAGAUACGGCCAAGGGGUCUCGUACAGGUUAUGUUGUUAAGGGGGCCCCCUGGUCCGGGUCUGAGGGAGAUGAAUUUCCAGCUAUAGGGGGUCCGGCUAAUACCUCUAAAGCUCCUACUUGGGGUCCAUCCAGUCUCGGGCCUAAACUAUAAACUGUAAUAAUAAUAAUAAUAAUAAUAAUGACGUUGCUUUCUUUUCAUAUAACUCGUUAUGCUAUUUGGCCAUCAUGAUAAUAAUAAUAAUAA